CUCUACACCUCCUCCUCCUCCUCCUCCUCCUCGUAAGUUGACUUUAAAACUGAUACAUAGCUUUUUAUUGCUACAAAUAGCAUCUGAUGGUAUUACUUCUUUAAUGGGCAGUUCUUGAUAAGCAAUGGCUGCAGAUCCAGUGGGGGGACAAAGAGAAGGACCUGCAGUUCAUAAACGACUACAAACCAACAGCUGAUGGUCAGCAACAGUUCAGGAUCCUUCUUCAUGGACUAGUUGGAGCUGGAAAAUCCAGUUUCAUCAACUCAGUAUUGAGCAUCUUGGAGGGCCAGAUCUGUGUCAGGGCUGCUGUCUGCAGCAUUAAUCAGGGGAGCUACACCAAAGAGUUCAAAAGCUACCGCAUGAAAAAGGAAACUGUAGGAACGAUGUAUCCUUUUGUACUAAAUGACAUGAUGGGUCUGGGCAGCUUCAGUCGGAGGCAGAGAAGAGUCCAUGUGAAAGAUGUGGAAAUGGCCCUGCGAGGACACAUGAAGGAUGGUUACACAUUCAAUUGUGAAAAAAGUUUGUCCAAAACUGAUCGGUUCUACAAUGAAACUCCAACUGUCAAUGACCAAGUCCAUGUUCUGGUCUCUGUCAUUGAUGCCAACACCGUAAAACUACUGGGAAACAGCUCCCUGGAGACAUUUCAGGACAUCAGAGAUGAUGCCACUGACCUGGGGAUUCCUCAUGUGAUCCUUCUCACCAAAAUUGAUGAACUUUGUCCUGAGAUCCAGAAAGAUGUAAAAAAUGUCUGCACGAGCAGGCUGCUACAGAAAACGAUUGAGGAAACCAGCAAAGCAUUGGGAAUCCCAGAGAACUGCAUCUUUCCUGUAAAAAACUACCGUACAGAGAGAAGUUUGGACAAUGAUAUUGAUGCUCUGCUCCUGAACACCCUGAGACGCAUCAUCGAGAUUGGAGAAGAAUUCCUGACCAAUGACAGGAUGUAAAAAAGUUGUGUCAUAACAUGAAAUGCAACAAACUUUAGCAUGUUUCUUAUUGCCAUGAUAUAAAACAUGA